CUUUGCGGAGAGCCAUGCUGGGCGAAGCGAGGAGGGAAGCACAGCCCCAGAGAGAUGGAAGGCGCCUGUCCCUUGCCACCUUCCCUCUUUCAUUCCAUCUCUCUCUCUAGUCUGAAUCCACGUAACAACAGGCUGGCUGCCUACAAGGAAACGUCUAAGCCGCCGGCCCGCCUCUCUCCGGCCACACACGUGCGCUGCGGGCGGAGCAGCUGGCUGAGGGCAUGUGCGCGCCGCUCACCAGGCCGGAGACAGGGAGGGCGCUCCGCUGGGCGGUGCUGCCCUCAGUCGGAGAAAAUGAGUUAUACAACCGCCUGCCGUUGCAUAAGCGCCUGAGCCGAGAAUAGUCUCUCAGCAGCCUGCUUGUUCGUUCCAUGAGGGGAGCGAGCGAGCGCCGCCUUGUUCUCCUCCCCCUGACCCCGACGCUGUCUCCUUCGGGGACGCCUCAGAAUACAGCUGGCCGCGUCUCCAAGGCGCGCUCUCUGCCUGCAAAGCCGCCCCCUCUCAGGACGGGGUCCGAGCCCUGGCGACGACCAGACUGAACAUGGUGGCGGGGGCGAAGUAAAGCUGCUCGGGCGACUCCCCUUGCCUCUGGGAAAGCUCCGUUUGCGAUGGAGAAAUAGCAGUAGCAGCAGCGCACGCCGCCACCACACCCACCUCGUCUCCCCAGCGAAAAUGGAGCUGGGGACCGCCACCGGGCAGCAGCGCGCCCACCAGUCGGCCCCGUCGGGCAGCGGGCCCUGCCAGGAGAUGUUGCAAGUAGCCGAGGAGGCUUUCCGCGGAGGGCAGUUCGCGCUGGCGGCCGAGAUCCUGAGCUCCCAACUGGCCGAGCUGCCGCAGCCCGAGCGAGGCCUUUGCCUUCGCCAAGGGGACGCGCUGGCCCGCGCCGGUUGCAUAGCCGAGGCUUUGGAUUCGUACAGCGCCGCCGCUAGAUUGGCCCGCCUGCGGCCCGAGGAGUUGCGGGAACUGACCGAGAGCUUCGCCUUCACCAUCCGCGACAAAGAACUGCGGCUGCCUCCAUGGCAGGGGCCUGGAGAGGGCGGCGCUGGGGGCUCCCCAGAGGAGGCUGACUCAAUGGCGGACCCCACCUGCUGCCGCCCUCCAGAGCCCCUGGGCUGCCCUUUGUGCCUGCGCCUGCUGCACGAGCCGGUGACCCUACACUGCGGGCACACCCACUGCAAGCGCUGCGCCCAGAGCGGCGGAGGGGAGUGUGCCCGCUGCGCUGCCCGGCGCCCUGGCUCUACCGCAGCCCCUAUCGCGGCGGCUCAACCCCCGGCUUGUCUCCGCGUCAACGUGGUCCUGGGCAAUCUGCUGGAGAAAUGGUUCCCAGCCGAGAGCAGGGCUCGCCGGCUGUGCGUCGAAGCGGACGCGCUGCGGGAGAGGCAAGAGCUGGCGGCUGCUCUGGAGAAGUACAACCAGGCCCUUGAACUCGCUCCCUGUAAAUGUUCAUUAAUAGCACAACGAGCAGAACUCUGUACAGCUAUGAAGAAUUAUCAACAAGCCCUUUAUGAUGCAGAGGCACUUUGCCGAAAUAAACCCCAUUGGCCUAAGGGUCAUUAUGUGAAAGCACAAGCUCUUUCAGGAUUAGGAAGGAUUGAAGAAGCAUUGAAGGAGUUUCUUUAUUGUGUUGCCUUAAAUCCUGAAUGGAGCUCAAUGAAGAUGGAAGCCCAAAAGAUAUUGUGCGAGAUGUUUUUUCCAGCCUUUGAAAAUGUGCACGAUAGUCUAACAAUGCCUUUUUGUAAUCGGACCUCUUACACAAGGUUGAAGCCUGCAUUUCUAAGUAGCAUAAACCCACAGUCUUCUGCAGAAGAUGGGUCAACUGCAGGGAGCUCAAAGGAGACAGUUUUGAGGUUAACAAAAACCCUGUCCCAAGAGACUGAUGUCUUUCGAAGUUCUGAUUCUUCUGUUUCCCAUCAUAUACUGGACUUGCAUUUUGAAGAUAACAAGAAAACACUUGGAACGGUCCUUUCCAGUCUACCUGGUGCUAGCCUAAAAAGAAAGCUUUCUAGUGAUGUGGGGGAUUUACAGAGCUUAGAAGUCCCUAGCAAAAUUCCUAGGAAAGAUGCAGAUGCUACUUGUAUGAACCCCACCUCCCUUCCUUUAAGAGUGAUACCUGCAAACCUCAUGGAUGCAUCUGACUUUGAAUGUUCCCUCUGCAUGAGGUUAUUCUAUGAGCCUGUUGCUACUCCUUGUGGACAUACAUUCUGCCUCAAAUGCCUUGAACGUUGUCUGGACCAUAAUCCGCACUGUCCACUUUGUAAGGAAAAGUUGUCUGAAUUCUUGGCGAGCAGAACUUACAAAAAGGCCGUCCUUACUGAAGAAUUAAUAGUUCAUUACUUGCCAGAAGAAUUGUCUGAAAGGAAGAAAGUUUAUGAAGAAGAGAUGAAGGAGUUAUCAAAUUUGAAUAAAGAUGUUCCCAUCUUUGUAUGCACCAUGGCCUUCCCAACCAUCCCUUGCCCUCUUCAUGUAUUUGAACCUCGCUAUCGGUUAAUGAUAAGACGAUGCAUGGAAACUGGUACCAAACAGUUUGGCAUGUGCUUAGCAGAUGAACUGAAAGGGUUUGCUGAUUAUGGCUGCAUUUUGGAGAUCAGGGAUGUGAAGUUUUUCCCUGAUGGUCGCUCAGUUGUUGAUACAGUUGGUGUUAGGCGCUUCAGAGUCUUGAGCCAUGGUCAACGAGAUGGAUACAAUACUGCGAACAUUGAAUAUCUGGAAGAUAAAAAGGUUGAAGGAGCAGAUUAUGAAGAACUUGUCCGCCUUCAUGAUUCAGUUUAUGAUCAAGCUGUUGCCUGGUUUACUUCUCUUAAAGAAAAUAUGAAAGCGCAAAUUCUCAGCCAUUUUGGGUCAAUGCCAGGGAAAGAAUCUGAACCACAGAGUAAUCCCAGUGGUCCAGCUUGGUACUGGUGGCUGUUGGCAGUUUUGCCACUAGAGAACAGGGCUCAGUUGGCCAUUCUUGCCAUGACUUCACUUAAAGAUCGUCUUAUCGCCAUACGACGUGUAUUAAUAUUUGUGACACGCAAAAGACCCAGAUGACACGGCCUUAUUAGUGACCAGACCCUGAAAACAUUGCUGGUUUGAUAUGCUAAUUAGCAAGGAAAGGAUUUGGAGACUGAAAGAGUCUUCUCGUUAAUGACACCAAUCUGCUUAUCAAAACAUUCACCAUUCUUUGCACUCGCUCCACCCAGUAGUUAACCAUGCACUCUGUGCCUAUUGUCCUGGAGAAAUCUGAGCCUCUUUGAAGUUGUGCCACAAUUGCAAAAUAACUGAUAGUAAUUGUGGGCAACAACUCAGAGUUACUACUCAUAACCUAUUUGUCAUAAUGAAAGAACUGAGUUAGAAGUCCGAAGACGUCACUGAAGCCCCACUGAAAUUUUGACUUGUAUGUAGCAAGGAAAAGAACUUGGAACAGUGGAUCAGAAGCUGAAAAUAUGUAUUAUUAGAAUAUUUCUUAGAGGUAGUCAAUUGAAGGGAAGUUCUCUAAACUAUCCUAGAAGAAGAAUGCACAAUAAACAGCGGGUUUUGGAAUGGAAAGGACAACCUUUUAUCUGCAGCCUGUUGACAAAAUGAUUGAUCUGUGAAGCAAAAUGGGUUUUCCUGGAUGUAGAAUUCCCCUUCCAAGGAUAUAUCCAGAUGAGUAGCUGGUGAACAGCACUGUUCUUAGUAUCACAGGCUGAUAGAAUAAAUUAAUCCCUUGUGUUUGUAACUUGCAUGCUGUAUGUAAUGCGAAGAACGUUUCACGAUAUAUGUAGGAAGGUGUGUUCUCCGUCUUCUCUCCCAUCUCCCUAUCAGAAUAACCUCGGGCAAUCUGAAUUACUAAAUGGGGGGAAAUUAUCUAUGGACCGCCUGGUUCUCAGUGGUUGUGACUUGGAACCCCCAUAUACUUGAGGACCCCAUGGCCUCCCAUGGCAGAUGGAAUUCUGUAUGUGCUUUGGAUGCUUUUCUUUGCCAUUGCAACAUUUGAGCACGUUUGGCUCCAUUGCUGAAUUGUGACCAGUAUGUUUAGCCUAUAUGUACUCUGUUCAUUUCAAGCUGUUCUAUGGUUAGCUCACAAAAAGCUGUUGAGUAAUAGAAUUGCCACUUCAAAAUAUUCUUCCUGUUCAUCCUGUCAGUAAAACCUAGAUAGGUAAGGUUCAGUUUCCACUUGUACCACAACUGCCAUGCCAGCCUAAACUGUUAUACUGGAACAAUGUUUGUUAGCACUUUUAAAAACCAAAACUUUAAUAUCCUCUUUAUGUACCGACCACUGUCUGUGCUUGGAGUCUGUCCUUGGUGACAACAUGAGAGGAGGCACAAAUCGAACCCUGUAAAGGCAAAUCUCAAUGCAAGCUUAAACCAGGUGUUACCUUCAAUUUGUUCGUUAAUUUUGUAAAUAUAUCUGUCUGUUGAUGUCUUAGUAACUGUUGUUAACUUUGAAAAAUGGUCACUCAACCUAUUGGAAAGGAAUUCUAGCAGUAAAUAUGAAAAAAUAAAACAGUCUUGCUAAUGCAAACUGCUGAGAUGGUCAAAUUGUAGAAGUAAUUGUACUAAGGGAGGAAAAAAUAAAGUUAGUUCAAAUAUCAGAAUGUUCUGCAAGCUGAAAGACACUGGGGCUGUUCAGACAUAACACCAAACCAUGAUUUGGCAUAAUGUCCAAACAGCCUCAGUGGCUCAUGUGCAAAUAAUCUGGCAAGGUAAAAAUAGUGGCAAUAUUUUUAAAAGUGCCUCCUUAAAUUAGAAAAAACUUUCUGUUUGGGCAAAGGCAUAGACCCUUGCACAUGAAUUCAGGAAGAAGUAUCUAAAAUACAUUUGUUGACUGCAUUCUUGGGUACUGUAAUCGUCGUCUGAGUGGUAUUGGAUGAUUGGCAAAAGCAUCUAGUUAGUUGUAAGUUGCCAGUUGUGGUUUCCUAGGAACUGAUCACACACCCUGAAUGUACUGUAGUUGCCUCUACCUUGAAUUCGCCUUUUGUAGUUAAUUAAUGAUCUGUGACUGCUCUUGUAACUAUAAACUGCAUAACUUGCAACCAGUGAUUUAAUAAUCUCUACCAUAGCCUUCCUGCAAGUUCUGCUACUGGAGUUUGUAAAUACAUGUACUUCUAGAAAGCUAACUUGUGUUAAAGCCAGCUAGAGGAGGUCUUACGGUAUGUUCCUUCAAUCCAUUCCUUGGGUGCUAUCAUACUUCCCCACCACAACUGUCUUCCAGUUAAUCCACUGGACUUUAAAAGCUUCCAUGGUUAUCUAGUAAGAGUCUUUAAAAUGUACCCUCAUUUUUUGGUGGGGAACUUGGACCAGCUUCUUGAUUUUUUCUUGGCUUUAUUCACACUUUUUUUAACCCUGUCAUCUUUUUUUGCUUUUAAUGUAGCAAAUAAAGUAACAGCGUCAUAGACCCUAAAAAAGAAAUGAGUUUGUUCCACUAAUUUAUUUCCCAUUGCUAGAUUAUAUUCACUGCAGUAUUCCCACUAUUCCCAGCUGGAAUUCCUAUUCCACUAUUCCUACCUGGUCUGUUUGGAUGAAUGACUCUUCUGGCAAUCUUCAGUAUGGGAUCUCUAGUCCUUAAAAUGAAAAGUUAGGUUUUCUAUUCUGUUAACCCAAAGCACUUUUGGGUUUGUCUCCAAAAGUGCUUUGUACAAGCAGAGAGCACUUCCGCUUGUGCACGGUUCCCUCUCCCCAAUACACGUUGAUUCCUCCGCCUUGCACAGCCCCCUAUGCCGCAUCCUACACUGUUUUGAAGAAUGUCCCAGCCCUCUAGCAGAUUUUGGAGGGAUACAGAAGACUGCAGUGGGGAGGAAGGGAUAUAAAGCCCUGUUGCAGAAGCAGAGUUCAGCUCAUGCUACUUUGGAUACAACACACUGUCAAGUGAUCAGAUGCACUAAUUAAAGUGCACGAUGAAAGCCAGGAUUUUAAACCUCUCUUCAUUCUCUCAGACUGAUUGAUCUGGCAGCUGAGAGAACUGGGGGUUAGGGGUGUCUAUAGUCCAAAAAUUCUUUAAGAAAAACUUGAAGACCUAUGUUCUUGAGUGUAGCAGGGAGAAAAAGGCACCCCAGCCUCUACUAUAAAAAUCAAACACAACUUAUUUUCUAUCAGUGGUAAACAGCUGAGGCUUCCAAAUAACAAAUCUUGCAGGUGAAGUUCAAUCUUCUGUGAAUUUUGCAAACCCUACCAAUUUGUUACUGUGACUUUUUGUCUGUUUUAAAAGUCCUUUCUUUUCAAUUGCUGAGAUUGCUUUGUGACUCUGGUGAGCUUCUCCUUUGGCUCAUGCUGCAAUUAAUUUUCAAGAGAAUAAAUGGCAACGGUGUUAAGAAAGCUGUGUGCUUUAGUCAUACAGUGUGUUAUGUAACUGAAGGACUGGUGUCUGGUAGCGCCUUAAUUUUGCAGCUCUGGAAUUUUGCAGCUAUCAACAAAGCGAUACAAACCAGAUCUGGGGCUUAUGACCCCCCCCUCCCUUUUUAGUACAUUUUAUGUAGAUAAAACUUGAAACAAAAACCUUAUCUCUGUUUUGAAGCUAGUUAAAGGGGUGUGUGUGCGUGUGCACACAUGUGCAUGCACACGGGGGUGUAUGUGUACAUAUGUAUAAAUAUAAAUUAUUAAUCUGUGCAUUUUUGUACUCAGAAAAACAAAACAAAAACUGGUAUGUGUUACAUCCAAGUUUGGCAUUUCUUGUUGCAUAAAACAAAGCCAGACCUUUUUUAAAAAAAUAUAUUGCUGCAAUGUUCAUUUCAUGUAUAUUUGGAAUAUUCAUGGGAAAAUGUAUUUAUGUGAUAUUUGGAAUAAAUGAAUUCAGUUUACAAGUGUAA